AUGCUGUUCCGCGCUUUUCCAGCCUCGUCAUCAGAGUUGCUGACUACAGUGGACCGGAUAGUCAUACUAAGCGGCAUUGCGUCUGUGCUCAGUGUACUCGGAUUUCAGAGAAAGAAAGCCAUGGUCGUCCGUGAGCUGAUAUCCGUACUGAUUGGAGGCUUUGUUGAGGCACGGACCCGUGGUGCGGCUGAGGUGGGAAUCCAUCCUGCAGCCGGGCUUGUCGCCCUGAACGGUGCAAAUGGGCAAGUGAAUGGCUCGGCAGCACUUGAUUUGGCCGAGUCUGACGUAGAAUAUGGCGUUGAUGCAUUCCUGGACCUAAUACUCAAGACGUACGGCGUAGUCAACUUUGAUGUUGGCUCGCAUGUUCUUAAUGAUGCCAAGAUGCUUCCCGAUGACUCGGAUGCGGGUUGUAUCGCGAGAAUCCAAAGACAGUCUGUCGCUCGACUGUUUGGCAUGCAGCAGAUCAAGAUUAACAUUCUCCGUGCUUGCAUCAACUUUUCCGAGGCCUUGCCAGAUUUCGCUGGGGUCUUGAAAUUCUCAAGCGAUCUAUUGCGGACAGCAGGGAGUGGUGUUGCGCCUGGGCCACGGCGAGAAGAUGCAUCCCCCCAAUUGGCAGUUGAUGAGCAAGUUCGACUGGUCACAAAUAUCUCGAAAACUUUCAGCCUCACCAAACGGCUUGGCUUGGGCCACCUCGAAGCAGAGUACUGGGACGAAUUCCUCCUUAGAGGCGUGAAACUGGAACCUCUUGCCCGUACGAGGACACCGGUGGAACACCUGAAAUCAGAGCUACCAGGAGCCUCAGCGGUGAGAACAUCUCAGGAUGUCAACCCGUUUAUUCACAACCCGUUCCAGAAGCAGCCAGAUAAGGAGGCUGCCCUGAAUAAUCUUGUCGCUGGAGAAGCCGCAAUCUUCAAGCUCACACUACAAAAUCCCUUCGAUAUCGAAGUAGACAUUGAGAGUGUGCGAUUAGAUACUGAAGGUAUCCAGUUCGAGUCGUCGGUCGAGAGUGCCAUAAUUGGCGCAUACCGCACUCAAACAUUAAGGAUUGGUGGCACGCCGAAAGAGUCUGGAUCACUCCAUGUGACCGGUGCCAUUGUACGAGUAAGAGGCUGUCGAGAGAGACGGUUCCCCAUAUUCCCUCAGCCAUGGGCACCGGACACGGAGGUGAAGGUCAAAGCUAUUGGGCUAUCUUCCUUAGACUUACACAUGUCUCUGCCGCCUCCUAGUGCACCAAAGACGGAACACGUUGGUCUCAAUGUGAUUUCACAGCAGCCUGUCGUGGUCGUCAAGUCAACCACCCUGCCACAAUCAUCCGUGAUGGUUCUUGAAGGAGAGAGACAGGCCUUUUCCGUCACACUUCAGAACCUUUCGACGACUACGCCAGCGGAUUUCCUCCUCUUCUCAUUCCAAGACUCAACACAAGAAGCUUUGCAAGGCCGCCUCAACAAUCGCGAAGCCACGCCUGCCGAGUUGUACGAAUAUGAGCUCAUUCUUGCGAAGAAGCAAGCACUACGCCUACGAAAAAAUGCGAAAACCAAGCGAUAUAUAGCUCCUGGUGAUACAGCGACAUUUGAUUUUGAGAUUCUUGGCAAACCAGGCUUGACAGCCGGCACGAUCCAAGUCGAUUACGCACACCUCGGUGUUCCGCCCGAGGAAGUCAAAGACAAGUUCUACACCCGUCAAGUCUCUCUUCAGUUGACUGUCACUGUCAAUGCAAGUGUUGAGGUGUCCCGAAUGGAUAUACUACCUCUUCAUGGUAGUAUCCCACAACCUCUUUGGAACCGGACAAACAAAACCUAA